AUGAAUUGGUUAUCACUUGCCUUUGCGGCUACUGCACUUAGUGCUGCCGUAGACCCUAUCUCGAUCUCUGGUCGCUCUGAAGUUCCCGGAUUCAACUACGAUACUGACAAAGUACGCGGCGUCAAUCUGGGCAGUUGGUUCGUGUUAGAGCCCUAUAUGACGCCUUCACUAUUCACAUCAUUCCCUGACAAUGCGAUCCCAGUGGACGAAUAUCAUUUGACCCAGGAGCUGGGUAAAGACCAAGCGAAGGAGGUGCUUGAGCAGCAUUGGGCCACUUGGAUCACAGAGUCGGACUUUGCUCAAAUUGCUGGAUGGGGAUUCAACACUGUUCGUAUUCCUAUCGGCUACUGGGCCUUUUUGGCUCGCGAUCAAGACCCCUAUGUCCAGGGUCAAGAACAGUACCUGGACCAGGCCCUGGACUGGGCCCGCAAGUAUAAUAUCAAGGUCUGGAUCGAUCUGCAUGGUGUCCCUGGCUCUCAAAAUGGAUUUGACAAUAGUGGUUUACGCGAUGCGUUGGAAUGGCAAAACCCUGAAUGGUCCAACAUCCAGGACACUUACACCGCUCUUUCUAAUAUUAAUCAAAAGUACGCUGGAAGUGACUAUUACGACGUUAUCAGUGGCAUUGAGCUUGUGAAUGAGCCUCUGGGGCCUUCACUGGAUGUCAACAAGAUCAAGGAAUACUAUGAGGGCGGCUAUAAGGACGUUCGUGGCCAGGGAUCCCAAGGUGUCAUCAUCCACGAUGCCUUUUUGCCUAUUGGCACUAUGAAUGAUUGGCUAGACAUCAACGAUGGCUACUGGAAUGUGGUUCUUGACCAUCAUCAGUAUCAAGUAUUCAGCGUCGGAGAACUCCAGCGUACCUGGGAUCAGCAUAUCCAAACCGCAUGUGACAUCGGCCGAUCCUAUAGCCAGGAAAACAAAUGGAGAGUUACAGGUGAAUGGUCUGCAGCACUGACCGAUUGCUCUCCUAUGUUGAAUGGUGUUUAUCGUGGUGCCCGCUACGAUGCGACAUAUCAAAACAGCCAGUACAUUGGCAGCUGCGCCAACAUUAACGACGUCAGCUCGUGGCCAGAGGACAAAAAGCAGGCGACGAGGCGCUAUGUUGAGGCCCAGAUGGAUGCGUACGAUCAAGGCAACGGCUGGAUCUUCUGGAGCUACAAAACAGAAAGCACUAUUGAGUGGGACGUUCGACGUUUAAUUCAAAACGGUUUGUUCCCACAACCGCUGGACAACCGCCAGUACCCUAACCAGUGCGGCUACUAA